GGCACCACCUCCAUCUUGUGCCUCAGGCUCUUUUGUCCUCGAGCACAACCUUGGGAAGAGUCCAGGCCCUGUCCGUAUGUAUUGUUGAACAUAAUGGGACGCCCGUGCUCUCCCUGGGUAUCCGUACGGAUACAUGCAGUGCGUUUGCAUGCUCUUGCCUCGCAGUAGGGACAGCAGCCGCAGAGGCAGAAGCAAGUCGGCGGCUUGGGUCCUGGGGAAACGGAGCCUCGGAGGACCAUGACCUUGACACGCACACUGGGACUGGUGACAUUGUACCCAGGAGGUUGGAGCUGGCUGCGUUGUCUCUGCGCUUUCCCAGACACGGAAGUUAGGCGAGUUCGGCGAGUGGGGACGAGCCUGGAGGUCUGCGGCCUGCCUACGGAUAGAGGUCUGGACGAGACGAGCCGUGGGGGGGAGGAAUGCAGACGAGAUGCAAACGCCGAAACAGGAUACCCUGUUUUCUGUCACCCCGGAUGUCGUAUCAUGUAUGAGAUAUCCGUAUGUCGCCGCUGCCGCUGUCGCUGCCGCUAGUCUAAUCAAAGAUGAAUAAGAC